AUGAUGUGUGAGCAUCACCAGGAGCCUCUAAAAGUCUUCUGCAAGGAAGAUCGCGCCCUCCUCUGCCUGGUCUGUGACAAAUCCAGGCAGCACAGAAUUCACACGGUUCUUCCCCUGGAGGAGGCAGCCCAGGAAUACAAGGAAGAGAUAAAGGUUGAAAGACAGAACAUUUUGAGGGAGUUCCAGAAGUUCCGCCUGUUUCUAGAGAAGCAGGAGAGCCUUCUCCUGGCUCAGCUGGGAGACCUAGAGAAGGAGGUGGAGAAGGCACGGAAGGAAAAUGAUACCAGACUCUCUUACACUGUCUCCUGUCUUGGUGACCUUAUCGAGGAUUUAGAGGAAGAUUGUCGGCGGCCUGCCAGGGAAUUUCUGCAGGAUGUCAACAAAUCCUCAAUCCGGUGUGAAAAAGCAAAGUGCAGUUGGCCAUUGGAGAGGUUCCCUACUCUGGAAAGGCUCAACGCCAUCUCUCGGAAAAAUAUUGCUCUGGUGGAAAACAUCCAGAGAUUCAAAGUUAGCGUGACUGUGGAUCCACGGACAGCCAACCCCAAGCUCAUCAUUUCCUUGGAUCGGAAGACAGUGAGGCACGGAAAAGAGUUGCGGGCCCUGCUUGACAACCCAGAGAGAUUUGACACUGAGCCUUUUGUGCUGGGCUGCGAGGGAUUCUGCUCAGGGAAACACUGCUGGGUGGUCAGCGUGGAGGCAGGGCAGAGCUGGGCGGUGGGCGUUGCCAGAGGAUCAGUGAAGAGGAAAGGCUCCCUCAGCCUCAGCCCUGAGCAAGGCAUCUGGGCUGUGGAGCAGUGCUGGGGCCAGUUCCAAGCUCUGACCUCCCACUGGACUCCGCUGUCCCUGUGCAGGAAGCUCAGGAGGAUCCAGGUGGCCCUAGAUUACGAGAGAGGUCAGGUGGCCUUUUCUGAUGCUGAUCUGGACAUUCCCAUCUUCGCUUUCCCACCCGUCUUCUUCAGGCAAGAGAAAAUCUAUCCUUGGCUCUGGGUGGGACCAGGAUCUCAGCUUUGCUUGUGA